AUGGGGAAAGGAUGCAUCACAGUCACCCAAGUAUUUCUAUUCCUCUUCAACCUCCUCUUCUUUAUCUUUGGAGCAUUGAUCAUGGGCUUUGGCCUGUGGGUCCUCUUUGAUAACCAGAGCUUCAUUGCUGUUCUACAAAGAUCAUCACACACAGUGAAAGUGGCGUCCUACAUCCUCAUCGCUGUCGGCUCCUUGUCCAUGGCCAUGGGCUUCUUCGGCUGCAUAGGAGCCAUCUACGAAAUCCGUUGUCUGCUGGGUUUGUACUUCACCUGCCUCCUGCUCAUCCUCAUCGCCCAGGUCACUGCUGGAGUUGUAAUUUACUUCCAAAGAGAACCGUUGAAAUAUGAGAUGGCCGACAUCCUAAAGGACAUGAUAAACAACUAUACCGGUCUGAACAGGACCACAGAGCACACCUGGGACUACGUUCAGAGGACGAUGAAGUGCUGUGGAUGGACUGGUCCAGGCAACUGGUCUGAGAACGUUUUGAUCAAGAACAACUCCCAGAACCUCUACCCAUGUUCCUGUCGCAAUGAGUCCCUGCCUGGCACCGACAUGAGGGACGUGGGGAUGUGUGAGCACCUGUCCUCAGAAACACCCAUCUAUCAAACGGGCUGUGCUGUCAGCGUGGAGAAAUGGCUGCUUGACAACUGUGGAGUUAUUCUGGGUAUCUGUGUCGGUGUGGCAGUCAUAGAGCUCCUCGGGAUGAUCCUGUCCAUGUGUCUGUGCAAGAGUGUCGUCCUGGAGGAUUAUACCAAAGUACCGAAGUACUGAUCUGAAGUCGGAGCCAGCUUCACACGCAGAUGCAUGGACUCUCACUCUUUCUCUCUCUCUUUCCUUGUCUCACUUUCUUAUGAACACACACACACACACACACACACACACACACAUUAAGACAGCUGUCUCCACCACUUGAGCCUCUCCUGCCUUCACAGCUGUUCAAAUUUCUCACGCCCCAUAUGUCCCACAAACACACACGCACACAAACAUCCACCUUUCAAUCAAUUUGACACAUUUGUUGGACAGAAGUCUACAAGUUAUCAUUGUUGUCUUAUUAUUUUGUAUUUUUUAAGGAGAUGGUUUUUUGGUGGAAGCCUGAGAAUUGAUACUAUUGCAGAUAUUCAUUUAUGUGUUGUUUUUGUUUUUCUUCGCUGACCUCAGUGAAGCGCUUAACAUAGUUAGUAGAGAGAGCACUUUAGUGACACUUGGUGAGCAGAGGGACUGUGGGGCAUGGAGAUGAGAGGGAGACGGAGGGUGUGGGGGGAUGCGUGGUCGACGCUCUCAAGGAUUAAUGCCACUUUGUGAUCAUGCAGUUGGUAUUUUUGGUGCAGAGGGUGGAGGAGAGGCCCAGGGCAGGGCUGCUGUGGUGGAGAUUUCAGUUUCUCUCAUCAGCCCUGAUAUUAACCUCCGUUUACAUCCAGCGCCACCGCCUCCUUCUCCCUCCUGCUAUCCAUCAUCUGUGAGCGUCUCAAAAUCACGCCUCUGGCCUCCUCUCGGGUGUGUCUGACUGGUAACCAGUAGCUUUCCAAAAUGGCUAGUUUCGCAUGAAGUAAGUGUUUGUAUGAUGUGUUGAGUGAGUAUUUUUAUUUCUUAUUUUAUAUUCUCAUGUCAUCUCUGUUUUUUUUACAACUGUAUAUAUAUGACUGUUAAGGGAUUAUGGCACUUCAGUGCUUGGUCAGCGGUUUAUAUGGGAAUGUUGUCACCCACAUGCUCUUGUUUUAAGAGUCCUAUUGUUCUUGGUUUCCUCUCUAUUGUUUAUGAUGUACAGAAUGUGGCGGCCACAGCAGCCCGUCAGCACUAUUUCGGUCUAGAUCAGAGAAAUUGGAACCCUUAGAGUGAGUCUGUCAUCACUCUUAAAGCCAUGUUUUUAUUACUUUAACAUAUCAUGAGUUAGUGAACAGACAUCCUGUCAUAUCGCCUGCCCUGAACAUCUUUUUUAAGCUCCUCAUACCUGCUGUCAUUUAUAAAAAAAACAUAUUUUUAACAUCAUAGUAGUAACAAAAGAACACAGCGACCAGAAAGUAUUUUGCUUUCCCUGGAUGAUUUGCUGUUUUCGUUUGGCCUGUUUUUAUAUUAUCGUAACAAGAGCAGAACUAAAACAAUAGAAAACUUGCAGUGAUUGCAUGUUACAGAGGCAGCUAUGACCAGAACAUGUUAAUCAACUCGUGCUAUCUUUGCUAAAACAUAUUUCUACAAUAAUGCUGCUUUAAGUAUCCUGAUUCCAUAUCUCAGUUAUUCCUCUUAAUUUCAAAUCACUAUUAUUGCUGAAUUCAUGGUUAAUGUAGUGGAUAGAUUGCACUUUUAUCCAGUUAUUUCAAAUCAUGUUCAUCAGUGUGUACAAGAGGGGCAAAAAGUGUCAUUUAAAAAAAACUAAAAAAGAAUUGUAUCCGUCAGAAUUACUGUCAGUUAUUUUUUAUGACCUGCCCAAUUAAAACGUUAAUUUAUCUAUGAAGGCUUUUUUGUUUGUGUUUAAAAUAUUUUUACACUUUUACAAACAUGAAUUGUUUUGUUUAGUAGAAGAAAUACAGUAAGCCAUGU